GGCUCCAAGUUGGGACCGGACAUCUGCGCAGCCCGAUGUUCAUGAAAGUUUUCUUGCGCUUUGUUCUGAGAUGAACGCCCACCAGGCAGGAAUAAGUCAGGCUAGCUUGGCCUAUAGCAGUAGUGCUAGAAGCAGCCAUUAGCUAGUCUGGCCCAACACAAUGGCGGCCGAGCUGCAAUUUCCAGCAGCUGCAAGCUCUCUUCUGAGCACCCUUGGGGUACAGUGUUGCGAUGCAUCGGACGUGGAGUACAGAGUUGUAGACCACUGCGACGCGAAGGUGCAACUAGCAGCAACAUUGUCAGAGCUUGCCCAGGUGAAUGCCCAGCUCGAGGUGUUGCAAAAUCGCCCGGACAGCGAUGCGUUGGAGCAAGCCCUGCAGACCCGCGAGAAGUUGCAGAAGGAGGUGGAAGAAUUAGAGCUCCGCAUCAGCAGGUCUUGGACACGUCAGCUCAAAUCGGGGGCAGUUGAUUUGGAGAUGGCAGAGGAGCAUGAACAGGACAAGGCUAUUGCAGAUGCUUACGCAGCUGUGGCGAAGGUGGGUGGCUCGGGUGGUUCGGCGGGCUCGGGCUCAUUGAAGCGGACCAAAUCCAUGCCCGACCGGGCGAAUCAUGGCCGGCUUAUUGGAGGUGCAUCUGGCUAUGUUUCCGUCAGACAACCAAAGCCACGGCUGGACCCAGACGUGGAGGUUGUGGAAGAGAGCAGACCUUGUCUGCCCUGCAGCGAGCUGACUGCAAGUGCCUCGGGGACCGCAAAGAUUCCCCAGGUGGACGUGAAUCGGCUGAAGCCGAAAAGCGUUCAGACACAAUGUGUCUGGAAGGACAACAAUCCCGCAGAAUGGCGGGCCAUGGUCCGGCAAGGUGGGAUAGUGAGCCCGCAGGACAACCUGCUGCAGGCGCGCGGCGUGCGGCCGAAGCGCAAGAAGGACAGCGCUGACACCGAAGGCAAGAAAGUCUGCAGGCGUGACGACGUGGACGACAAGACCUUCGAGCGGCGUCAGGCCAGAUGGAAUCCAGAGCACAUGCAAUCGAAGAGCCUUGUUCCCAAAUGCGAAGAGAAAAGUCAAGACUGGGGCAAGGCAGCAAGAUGCAAGGAGGAAUCGGCCGUCCGGUUCAGCGGCGCUGAUGUUGACAUAGGCAACGGCCUCCGCAGCCCCAGGUGGUUGUGGCAGGCUUUGUAUCCCUAUCAGCAGCUCUGCGUGCAAUGGCUGUGGGGCCUUCACAAUGAAAAGAUGGGUGGAAUUCUGGCAGAUGAGAUGGGACUGGGCAAGACCAUCCAGAUCAUUGCAUACCUGGCGGCAUUGCACUAUUCUGGCGUGCUUCAGAAUUUGAAGGUUCAGAACACAUCACUGGGAUCAGCAAGUCUUCCAAGCACAGGUGGUAUUUUGAUCGUCUGCCCUGCCACGCUGAUCAGCCAAUGGCGGAACGAGAUCCAUUUGUGGUAUCCGCCCUUGCGCGUGUGUGUGAUGCAUCAGGUGAACGCGGCGGAGAGAAAGGAAGCCAUCAAGCAAGCGUCCUCGAAACAAGGGAUCCUGAUCACUUCCUAUGAGACCAUGAGGCUAACCAUCGAGGAGUUGUUGGAAGCCACCUGGGCAGUGGUGAUCUUGGACGAGGGCCAGAAGAUUCGCAACCCGCACGCCAGCCUCACGGUGGCCAGCAAGCGCUUCAGCACGGCCCACCGGAUUUUGGUGUCCGGCACGCCCAUCCAGAACAACCUGCGGGAGCUCUGGUCGCUCUUCGACUUUGUGUGCCCCGGCCGGCUCGGCACGCUGCCGGUCUUCACGGAGGAGUUUGCUCAGCCGAUUGAGGGCGGCAACCUGAUGGGCGCCACAGAAGCCAAAGUUGCUGCUGCCUACCAGUGCGCCAUGGCAUUGCGAGAGCUCACAGAGCCAUGCAUCUUGAGGCGCACCAAGGCUGAAUGCAUGGAUACCUUGCGUCUGCCUGCGAAGCAGGAGCAGGUGCUUUUCUGCCAUUUGACGCCAGAGCAAUACCAGCUGUACGUCCAGUUUCUGGAAACUGAGCAGGUCAGGAAGGCCAAAAGCGUUUCACUAGACCGCAAAAUGCUGGGGGCGGUGUUUUUUGCCCUCAGCGUGCUACGGAAGCUGUGCAACCAUCCUGAUUUGCUGCUGGCUCAGGCAGAUGCAAAUGACACAGUCGUGGAGGAUUUGUGGAGUUUCGAGAGAUCCGGGAAGAUGAAAGUUCUGGCGGAGAUCCUGAAGUUGUGGCACAAAGAUCGGCACCGAGUGCUGAUCUUUGUCCAAACGGUGCAGAUGCUGGAGAUCCUUGAGCUCUGGAUGAGCCGCGUGGGCUACAGCCACUUCCGCAUCGAUGGCAAGACGCCGGUGAAGCGCAGGCUGAAGCUGAUCGAGGAGUUCAACGAGAACCAGGAUCCCUUCGCGAUGCUGCUCACCACUCGGGUGGGAGGGGUCGGCUUGAAUAUCAUCGGCGCCGACCGGGUCGUGAUCUUCGACCCCGACUGGAAUCCCAUGACUGACGUGCAGGCUCGGGAGAGGGCGUGGCGCAUAGGGCAGGAGAGGGAAGUCUCGGUGUACAGGCUCGUCCUUACAGGCACGGUGGAAGAGAAGAUUUACCAUCGCCAGGUCUAUAAGCACUUUCUAGCUCAGAAGAUCUUGCAAGAUCCCCGGCAGCGGCGCUUCUUCAAGUGGAACGAUAUUUCGGACCUCUUUGAAGUGCCGGGGCCGCCUCCGAAUUUCACCAAGUCGGACAUGCGGGUUCUCCAGAAGAAGUACCAGCCAGUGUUUCGUAAGCUCGAGCGGGACCACAUGGAUGAGUUCGAGGUGGAAACUACGGAAAUCAUGAAAGAUGUGGCAGACUUGCCCAUGAAGGAGCAGCACACCACAGGCAAGCGCACGACUGACGAGAACAACUCCAUCUUACAGACUCUGUAUGACUCGCAAGGCAUCAAGGCAAGUUUCAAUCAUGACAAGGUAGAGCAGACAUUGCUUGACAGAGGACUGGUUGGCAAGACUGCCGGCCUUAUUGCGCAGAGAGCCCUUGAUGCACUGAAGCGGUCCUCGCGCGAGCGCUCGGCACACCACAUCAGCGAGCCAACCUGGACUGGACAGCGGGGCAAAGCUGGAGCCGUGGUCAAGCAGGUGGUGAAGCAGGAGGCCAAGAGCAAGCUGACCAGCUCGGUGUCCUCUGCUGACAUCUUGCAAGGUCUGCGGCAGCUGGCUUCCAUCAGAGGCAUGGCACAGAAUUCGGAGGGUGGCAAGCGGAUGCCCGAGAUUCCUGCUGUAGCGCAGCAGUCCAAGUGCGUCGGCCUGCCCUUGGAGCUCUUCGACUCGGACCGCCACAUCGCGGAGGAUAUUCUGAAAGCUUUCCUCGACAAGAAGCUCGCGGGGCCGGGCCGCAGUCUCACAACGGGUCAAGUGCUUGAGAGGCUGGCUGCCAACAUUGCCGCCCAUCAUAAUGACCUGUUCAAAUCCUUGCUGAAACAGAUGUGUGUUCUGACAAAGCCGCAGAAGAACACGCCCGGAUACUGGACACUCAAGGAAGAGUUCUGGCCAAAGCAGGCUUGAUACGAUUUGAGGAACAAAGCAGAAAGUCCGUGGCUGGUUUCUAACUCAGGAAUGCAAAUGUAGGCAACGUAGACCAUGUAGGCACUGCAGCAAGCCUGCCAAGAGUCGUCUCACCAUCGCCCGCCAG